AUGGGAAAUAGGUUACAAUCAUAUACCUCACUUGGAUUUAUAUUAUGUAUUGUUAAAGUGAUUUUCAUAACACUAUUACAUAUCACAUAUUCAGUUUCUUUAGAGGAAUAUGACGAAAUGAAAGCAUCGCUAUUGAUUUCAUAUGUAACGCCUUGGAAUAAACUAGGAUACGAAGUAGCAAAAAUAUUCGGUGCUAAAUUCAACCUUAUUGCUCCUGUGUGGUUUGAAGUCCAAGGUGAAAAAAAGGCAUAUACAGUUACUGGGAUCCCUGAAAUUAACACUGAAUGGCUUAGUGAAAUUCGCACUGUGAAUCCUGAUGUAAAGAUAGUACCUCGAUUUUCCUUCGGUCCAUGGGAAGACCGAGAUUAUGCCGCAACUUUAAAAGAUGUUCCUAAAACAGAUAAAUGUAUUCGAAAUGUGAUCAAUAUUUUAAAGAAAUAUAAUUUUGAUGGUGCAGUCAUAGAAAUAUGGGCACAGUUCUCUGGUGUAGAAUCACAAUCACUAAUAGAUUUUAUAGUACGACUUUCUGAUAAUUUACAUUCAAACGGCAAGCUUUUUGUACUCGUUAUCCCACCUCCUGUUUACUAUGAAGGCAUAGAAGGAAGAUUUAAAGAAGAAAAUUUUAAAAUAUUGGCCGAUUAUGUUGAUUAUUUUAGCUUAAUGACUUACGACUAUUCUUCACCUCAUAGACCUGGGCCUAAUAGUCCUUUGAGUUGGGUAGAAGAAUGCAUUAAUCGUUUGGUUCCAAAGAAUUCUUUAGACCAGGCAAAAUUGCGUAAACAAAUUUUAGUGGGUUUAAACUUUUAUGGAGUCGAUUACUUGCCUAAAAAAUUAAUCGGUGAACCUAUUAAAGGCAAUGAUGUUAUUGAAAUAGUUGAGAAGUAUCAACCGAAUUUUAAAUGGGAAAAAAAAUGGGCUGAACAUAGCUUCUCUUACAAGGAUAAAAAAUCGCAAGAUCACUUGGCUUUCUAUCCUACCUUGAUGUCGAUAGCACAACGUCUACAAGCUAUACUAUCCAGAGUUGCCGCUGGGUUUGAGAUUCAUUUUUUAAACUAUUAACUAUCCCUCUAAUAAUGGCUCCUGUUACCCUUCAAAUGUAUCUGCAAGAUGUUACUAAUUGUAUCAAUAAUCGAAACGGUAGAGGAUUGAGUAAUCUCAUUUUCUUGUUAUAUGAUCCAUAUUUAUUCCGGUGUUUAUCUGAACCAAUAUUUACCUAUUUAAACAAGUCAGUGUGAUAAACAAUCAUGGACAAAGGAAAAUACAGCAACAUGAUUGUUUCAUUUUUACUGUGUGAAAUACGAUUGGGAAAUUAUGUUAAUUAUUCCUCUCCAAAGAGGAGUUUGGUCUAAUUUAGAAAAAGCAUGCCAUUUUCUUACGCAGUAAUAAAUUAAAAAGUGGAUUAAAUAGUUUCAAACAAUCGAUUUUUAAUAAUUUUUAGAAAUAGUUUAUUUAUUCAGUUCUUUUAACGGAUUGCUUUCGCCUUAACUUUUGAUAUUGAUAACAUUUUGCGAAUCUCUGAAUAAACGACUGUUGCCAAAGCACUCUCUGA